UGUAAUCAAAUAGGAACCACGAUUUUUGUUGUUUGUUUUUUAUUGUACCACAAGUAUCCACAGAAGAAAUACCAAACCGGCAACAUACUGGACGGAAAGCAGAACCUGGGUGGUACUUCUCCACACGCAGGGGGACGGGAUGAGAGAUCUGUCUCAAGCCCAUCUACAGCACAGCGAUGGAUUCCUCCUAGUAGUGUGAAGCGAGAUGUUCUCACCCAUGAUGAAAAACACGAUUCUGUCUUUAGAAAGGUCAGAGGAAUCCUUAAUAAAUUGUCACCAGAAAAAUUCGAUAAGUUAAGCCUUGAACUACUAAAUGUAGGCAUUGAAUCACAAGUCAUUCUUAAAGGGAUAAUCCUCUUGAUCUUUGAAAAGGCUCUAGAUGAGCCCAAAUAUAGUUCUGUGUAUGCCAAAUUAUGUCAUCAACUAUGUGAAGACGCACCGAAUUUUGAACCCAAGGACUCAAAUAUAUCGCAGGGAGGAUGGGGGGGUGAACUUGGUAAACUCGAGAUGUUACACGAGGGCAUCUUACACCGCUGUAUUAAACAGCUACUUGAGAAGAAAAAGAAUCUGCCCAUCCAGGAGUCGGCGGAAGAUCUUGAGUGUCUCUGUCAGAUAAUGACAACCGUUGGUCGACGCCUUGACACGCCCAAAGCCAAGGCAUGGAUGGAUCAAUAUUUUAGUAGAAUUAAACAGUUUUCUGGUAUACCCGAGUUACCGUCAAGAAUUAGAUUUAUGCUUCAGGAUGUUAUAGAGCUUAGGGAUAAUAAAUGGAAGAAUAGACAUACAGGGUGGGAAGGUCCAAAAACAAUCACACAGAUUAGACAAGAAGCUGCUGAUGAGACGGGUGUAUAUAUUCCGCAGCAGAACAGAACGGGAGGUCCGAGACCUCCUACACAGAUGAAUGGUAGUCUGGGGGCACCCUGGAAGCCAGGUGUUGCGCCAACAGGACCUACGGGAUCUUUUGGUGACUUUUUUGGCAUGCCGCCAACAGGGAUAAUGGGGGGAUUAGGUACUGGUCCAGGCGUUAUACAGAUGGAUGGGUAUAUCCCGAACUAUAACAAUAAAACCAGAAAUAACCAGCACAACCCAGGUUAUAACAAUUAUCAGAAACGGCCGCCACCCACUGACGGUGGAGGUGGUGGGUCGCCAAGGUCACAGAGACACAACUUUCAGAAUCAGCAGCAACAAGGGGGUCGUCUGUCGCCCCAGCAACAAGGUCAACAACAGCAGGGGUCACCAGUGGGGCAGCAACAGUUCCAGCAGAAGAAACCUAGUGUAGGCAAUCUACCUCCUCGACUCGCCAAGUUACAACAGCAACAGUUACAGCAACAACAGCAAGCUCCGCCCCCUCCCUCACAACAACAAGCCAUGAUGAUGGUACAGGACGGGCAGAUGCCUAUACCUCUACCCAACACAGCUGUACCUCCCCCUCCGCUACCUAAACACGAGGAAAUCAGUCUCAGACCCAACCGCAACUUUACAACUGCCCUGCGACCCAGUGUGCCCACCAUGUUGCCCAAGUCGGCACAGGCGGCACCUAGUUCAGGUUCACCGUUGAUGACGGGGAACUCGUCUAUGAUGGAUCAGAGGGUGAAUAACCUGAACCCGUUGUUGGCUAAACAAGCUGCUGUGACAAUAAAAGAGGUACCUAAAGAAAAAUUGAAUCCCCCAAAGAAAAAGUCUCCACAGCCUAACAAAGAUGAAAUAAAGAAAACAGUGAAAAGUACAUUGGAUGAUUAUUUGGAAGGCGGGUCUUUACAGGAGUCUCUUACAACAAUUAAAGAGUUGAACCCACCAAAGAAGUUCAUGCCAGAAAUGCUUACAGAUAUGAUGAUUAGCACAGUAGAUAAGUCAGAUACAGAUCGGGAGAAUGUAAUGAAGUUGGUAGUGGCAUUAAAGUCCGAGAACCUGAUAACAUCCAGUCAUUUUAUGGACGGUUAUAGGUCAGUAUUAGAACAGAUGGCAGGUAUGGAGUCAGAUGUACCACUGAUCAAGACGUACGUCGCGAGGUUUGGGGCUUUCGGAGUCACAGAGAGCAUUGUUACAUUACAAGAGCUGGCAGAGCCGAUGGAACAAGGAACGUAUUACCCCUUGUUUCUUCUCUGUCUGCAGCAGAUGUUGAAACAGAAAGAUAAAGACUGGGUUGUCAAUGUGUUUAAUGAGAGUAAAAUGGAUCUACAGAAUAUGCUCCCUGAAGUAGAUAGAAGCAAGGAGAGAAUGAUGGAGAUACUGGAGGAACGAGGAUUAAGUUUUAUGUUUCCCUUGCUGCGUGUACAGUCCGAAUUAUGGAAACAGAUACAGGCUGAGCCAUCGGCAACUGCCUUGUUCAAGUGGAUCAAGGAGACAGUCAGUACUGACCUUCAUCAUACUCCAGCGUUCAUUAAUGUUCUCACUACAAGUGUGUUACGUUACGUGACCUCGGAGAGUACGCUAGGUGAAGGAUGCGAUCCUAAAAGUAACCCUAGUAAGACACUGCAGGAGAAAGAGAAACAGCUCCUAGAUGAAAUGAAGGAUGUUGUCCAGAAGUUUGUUCAGGAGAAUACAGGCCUUCAGAUGCACAGUUUAUAUGCUGCUCAAGUCUUCUGUUACAAUAAUAACUACCCUAAAGGAAUGAUGUUGCGAUUGUUUAUGGACCUAUAUGAUAUGGAAGUUGUUGACGAGGAAGUUUUUCUCAAGUGGAAGGAAGAAGUGAAUGAUGAGUACCCAGGUAAAGGGAAAGCACUCUUCCAGGUGAAUAAUUGGCUGACAUGGCUGGAGCAAGCAGAGGUCGAGUCCGACGAGGAAGAAGACUAGAAAUAUACGUGUAUAUCCCCACGGAGACGGGAUGCUUACAUAGAUGUUCGUACAUAGGUGCAGAGAAUUUGUACAUAAUUUAGAGAAGAAAAAAAAAGUUGCUAGUGUUGAUUCUGUAUGGAGUACAUAUUCUGAAAUAAUGCAUGCUUAUGUCUUUAGUUGAGAAAAAUGAAACAAAAAAUCAAAAAAAUAUUUUGAAAAUGUGACAGGUUUUUAUUUUAGCCGUUUAGAUCUGUGAAAUAAAGCUUAAGUUGACAGUUUUUUUAUAUUAAAUAUUGCAUGUUGUGAAACUUUAUAUUAUAUAUAUAUACUUUAAACAUUGUAUUAUUUUUACAUUAACUUUAAAAAAAAUUGUUAAAAAACCCGCUACCCGAUGGACAAAAAAAUGAACAGAAAUAAGUUGUAUUUUUAGUUUUAGACAUUGACUUAUAUGUUGACUAUAUAUAUUUAUGUAAAGUGAUUAAAACAAACUGAAAAAACUGUGCUUUUAAUGAAAUAGUGAAAAAAAAUUAGAUGAAAAAAAAAACCGAAAUCAUGAAAUUAUACUAAAGUAUUCUAAAUCAAGUGUGACAAUAAAAGUUUAUUUCUUGUGUAAACAAAGAAAUCGUGUUUUAAGUUAGGAAAAAAAGAAACGGCAGUAUGAAGAAAUGAACCGAGAAGAGUUCGGUGCAAAGACAUUAUAGAGGAAAAGUUCCUUUUUUUUGAGAAAGAAAAAUCUGACCGCGAUGUUGGGAAAAGUGUUUUUGUGUUAAUUCAGCGAGAAGAUAGAAGAAUGGAUAUCCCGAAUAGAAAAAGUUUCAUUCGAAUGGUGUUAGGAAAUGUUGUUACUUAUUGUACUGGGAUAUUCCACGGAUGUUUCAAGAACUUUUAUUUCUUUUGCAUUAUUGUGGCUAUAUUUUCUUUUUGAUAUUGUAAAAAAAAUCAUCAUCUUUGAUAAAGAUAUAGUGUGUUGAAUGUGUGUGAAAUCAUGCUAAUAUUUUACUCUUUUUGUUUAUUUUUUUCUCUUAUAUAAUCAAGACUAAUUGUAAUUCUUCUCCAUUUGAGUCGUUAUUUGUCCAUGGCCCAAGAUUAAAAUUGUUUCGCAUGGGUGAUAGGGUUUAAUAAUCUGCAUUUUAAUCACAGAGUUUGAGAUUUUUUUCAUAAACAUAUCUAUAUGUGUAAAAACAUCAAAGAGCUUCUUGUUGGUCAUCAUUGUAAUGAUAUGUUAAUUAUUUUACCUGUUCAUCAUUUGAGAUAUAAUAUGUAGGUGCAUUGAAAUUUAAUAUCAUGAGUAAACAUUGAAAUGUGGAAAAAUUUGCUUUUUUCCUCCCGUUUUUCAUUGUGAAUUUUACAACAUUUCUGGUAACCAUUUCAAACCAUCAUGUAAUCAUUAAGAUAAUUAUAUUUGAUCACUUUAUUUCAUAGCGCCUCCUUUCAUAUUUUCAAUUGGAAGAUCCCUCCCCUUUCACCAUUCUUAUUACUAAGUAUUUAUUACACUUUAUUUCCCAUUUUUUUUACACUUUUAUAUAAAGAAUAUAUUGAUGAAAUAAGUUAAUCGUAGCUAGCUAAAGAAAUGUUUGGCCUUUUAUGUAUCUUUAUAAUAAGUUUAUACCUGUGUAUUAAUUUUUUUUAUCAUUUUCCUAUGAAUAUUGAACAGAAGUUUGACAUUUUCCAUAUUAUUGCAUCCAUAGACAGGAUCGUUGCCUAUUCCUUGUGUAUGCCAUUUCCCUUAGUGCAGUAACGGGUGAACUCCUUACAUAGUUUAAUAGGAGUUAACCCGUUACUGCACUAAGGUGAAGAAAUAUUGACAGACCUUACAUCCAUACUGUCUUCUAUACUUGUUACCUAUAGCUACGAUCAUUAUAAAAUUGAAAAGUCAUGACAAAAACAAACUAUACAUUAGAAAGCAUGUACCUGUUACACCAGAGCUUUUCAUUUUCUAUGUAAUUUUUUUAUUAUAUAAAAUUAGAAAAGUGCUCUAAGUUCAUAUACGAAACUGCCAUUAAAAUUUUGGGUAUUAUCAAAAUGUUUGAGAUUGAGUUUACUUGCAUGUAUUUUACUUGUUUUUUUUUACUACCCGUAAAUUAGAUUCAAUAGGUUAUAGUUACCAGGAUGUUCAUAUGUCUGUCUUUAUUGAACUUAUUUUAUCUUUAUAUUAUUCUGUGCACAUUACUGAUCAAUGAAAUAUACGUGUUCUGAUUGCAUAUUCUUAAUUGAUUAAUAACCUCAUUGAAAUUGAUUGAUUUAUUAAUUAAUAAUCACUAGUUUUGAGUAUAUUGUUAAUUGAGGACAAAAAAAAAUGCUUAAAAUAUAUACAUGUAUAUCACAUAGGUUUGCAUUUGUUUUCAGUAUUUUUUAUGAAGAUAUAAAUAUAGAUAUUCUGUUACUCCAUUUGUUACAAUGCCUCCCUUCAUCUUUUGUGAAAUAACUGACUUCUUCUAUGGAAAUGAAUGUUUCCUUGUUUGUUUUUUUACUGCUUGCUUUUAUUGCUCGUUUUGUUUGCCGUUUAUUUUGUGAUAUGAUUGUUUUCAGAUCGACUGUUAUUUAAUGGGUGAUUGGGACUCAAAUUUCAUUUUCAACUUUUGCAACAAUUCCAUAUUUUAAAAGUGUUUCUCCAGUUGAUAUAGGGAUAGGGAUUUUUACUGAUGCAAAUACACGCUUGAAAAUAUCAAAACCUUGCAGUUUUUAUGCUUCCGGGUUCAUUUAAAAAACAACUAGUUGUUGGCUGAUUUAGUCAUGCUCUGUAGCUGAUUGGUUAAGAUUGCCUACUUUAAAAUAGUUGUCCAUCACUCAUUUGGGUUGGAAUCCCGUCAGGGACUUUUGAUUUCUAUAUAAGGUUGCUGAUCAACUUUGGAAGGGUUGAUGGCACUCGUCAGGUACCUGCUUGUGCCUGAAAUAAUACAGGGACAGGAAAUCUGAUGUCUUCCUCCACCAGUAAAAGCUGGAAAGUGACCAUAUUACUUUAACAGUGUUGAUGCGACUUUAAACCUUACAAAUUUUCUCUGCACAUUUUUCAAAAUUUCCUCUGUUCUUCCUCAACAAACCUUUAAUAUUUAGCUAAACAUUGUUACAAUGAUAUACUUUGCAUUUUUUAUCGUAGGGGAGGGAUUGGAGAAGCUUUUUAUACACAUUAAGAUCUCAGAUAUUGUAAAGAUAUGAAUAACGUUGAAUAUAUGUUGUUUUUUUAAGAAGUUGAAGUUUAUUUUUCUUUUCCGAUUUUUUAUUGCAUAAAAAUGUUAUCAAACGUUUCAGUUUUUCUCAGAUACUGCACACAUUUUGUAUAUUAUAGUCUAGGCCGCGGUUUCAAAUCAGUUGUUAAAAUGUUCCAGGACUAAAAAUUUAGUGGCGAAAAUUCAGAGUUUACUAUUAAAGUUUGUCUCAGAACAGUUAAAUGUUUGUGUUUAUGAAAUUAGGACAUAGAGUAAGGAAUUUUGUGAAUGUUAGAAAUGUAUAGGUGUUUAGUGCUUCUGGUAAGCUUGUUUUGUGAUUGUGACUUGUGUGUAUAUUGUUUUAUAAAUUAUAGAUAAAAAGGAGUGUUUGUGAAAAUAAAUAUGUAUAUAAUUUA